UUGAGUUACCACUGCAAGUGGGACUUUGCUUAUGUGCAUAAAAAACGGACCAAUGGGGUUGUCGUGUCUACCUGAGCAAAUGCUGGGCAACCCUCUAGAUAGAUACAGUCAGCCUGCCUUAAGUUGGAGCAGAGAGUCACAUUUGCGGCACGAGUGUAGGCUACAUUAGAUAUUUCAUCAUGGCUUGUGGUGGUUUUGUUUGCUCAAAAACGUCUCUCUGUAUCUUGAACCUUAUUUAUGUGAUGGUCAGUCUUCUAAUGAUCGGUGUUGCAGCAUGGGGCAAAUGGUUCGGACUGGUGUCUAGUUUCAGUGUGAUGGCUGCUGUCAUCGCAGUUGGAUUGUUUCUCUUCGUCGUGGCCAUUGUGGGACUGUGUGGGGCUGUGAAGCAUCAUCAAGUCCUCUUGUUCUUUUACAUGCUCAUUCUCUUUCUGGUAUUCAUUGUGCAGUUUUCAGUGUCAUGUGCCUGCUUAGCUAUUAGUAAACAACAGCAGAGCCUUCUCCUGGAGAUAGGAUGGAAUAAAUCUGAAUCAAUGCAGAAGGAUUUGGAAAUAUCAUUGAAUUGCUGUGACUUCCUUCAUGUUAACUACAGUGAACCAUGUGAUGCUGCCUGUUUCAAAGAUAAAACAUGUGAACCAUGUUCAGAUAUAAUCCAGACCUAUGCUGACGACGCUCUGCAUUUUGUUGGAGGAAUCAGCCUGUUUUUCAGUUUUACAGAGAUUCUGGGUGUCUGGCUAGCAUAUAGAUACAGGAACCUGAAAGAUUAUCGGCAAAAUCCUGGUGCUUUCAUAUAGAGCACUGUGAUCAGACACACAUAUUCAAGACUCUGAAUGUCUGUUCUUGAAUGAACUUUUUGUCUUUUAUGACUUUUUUCAUUUAUGCUGUGAUAUUCUUCUUGAUAACAAACCCAAUUACUUUAUUUUGGGGAUAUAAUAACGAAUUAAAUGUUCCGUUAACUUUUAAAAUAUUUAUUUGUCGAACAGCCAUUAUGAUUUUCCAUCUUCACAAAUAGUUAUUAUCACUGAUCAUGCAAGUAGGUUAACUGGGCUUGAACUUUGUUCCCAAUUGAACAACUUUUACAAAGAUAAAGAGUUGGACUGGAAUGAAAAAUUAAAGACAUGACAAUGCAUCUUUAAUUUCAGAUUAUGAAUCAAACUAGGAAACUUUAUGAGGACAAACAUUUCCUGCUUUAUAGAUCAAACAAUAAUGUCAUUGCAUUAAGCUCAUUUGCUCUUUAGACACUCAGUUUGCACAGUAAAACUCAAACUACAUCCAAUUGAUUUCCACAUAAUUCUGAUCAGGAUAUGACCAGGAACUUCUACAUCAUCUGUUUGUAUUCCACAUAUUAGUAAAUGGUGUGUCACUCCCAGAGGUUGUCCAGCCGGUUUAGCACAGAUGUAUUCAUUGAGAUGUGCUAGUGCUGCCCUCUGCUGGCUGCAGGGAUAAAAUGCCAUACAAAUUCACAUUUACAGCCAUUUGGAUCACAAUAAACUACCUGCCUGUGAAUAUUUAACAUUUGAUUAAAUUCUUUGUAUUUUUAUUUAACUGAAAGAUUAUGAUUUUUGUAUUUUAUUUGUGUGUCUAAAGAGAUUUUGUCUAAUACUAUGCACUACAAUAUACCUUCUUAAUUCAAUUUUAACAUGUUCUUGAGGUCAUUUUUAAGCAUGUAAAAUACAUAGAAUGUAUGCACCAACUUCUUGUUUUAAAUGUAUGGUUUAUAAUCUACUACACAUUUGUUGCAUAAAUAAAGAUAUCUUAACCGUG